AUGGCCAAACAAAUCACCGUGGAUGAUUCCAAAGUUCAUGGAGACUGGCGUGAUGAAUUGUUCCAAAAUGGAUACGUUUUGGUGAAAAACGCGAUCUCGCCAGCGCGAUGUGAAUACUACAUCGACAAGAUGUUUCAGUGGUUGGAAAGUUUCCCAUUCGGGUUUGACAGGAACGAUCAAUCAACCUGGACCGAAGAACAUUUACUCACAUACAUCAAGGGGGGAAUGUAUCAUGGAUAUCGUAUCCAGCAUGAGAAGUUCAUAUGGGAGGCCACAACGGAGGACGGAGUAAUCGAAGCCUUCGCAAAACUGUGGGGAACAGACAAGCUUCUGGUCUCUUUUGAUGGAAUGAACUUCACACUUCCAUCUGAGGGCAUGCAGUGUAUCCAGGGUAUUCUCAACUUUCCACCAAAUGGUCCCCAAGAUGGGGGUCUUCUCGUCAUGGAGGGAUCUAAAAGGCUUUUGCCCGAGUUUUUCAAGACUCACUCGGGUACAAUUGGUUGCCCAACAUGGGGACCUAGCGACUGGUUUGGCUUUGACGAGAGUGAGGUGAAGUGGUUUGAGGAAAGGGGUUGUGAGAUUCAUAAGGUGACUGCCGAACCCGGAGAUCUUAUUCUCUGGGAUUCUCGCACUAUGCAUUUUAAUUGCGUUCCGUCAACUCAGAAUCUACGUGCCAUUAUUUAUGCGUGCUAUACACCAGCUUCCUUUGCGACGCCUGAUGUCUUGCAGCAAAAGGGCGAAAAUUUCGACCAGCGAAUUGGAACGACACAUUGGCCCCGUGACAAUUUAUCCACUGAAACUAGUCACGCAAACCACCCAGAAGAAGACAAAGGGGACUUGACAAAACAUCUUUAUGAGGAGCCUAUUGAGACGGACCUGGCAUUGAAGCUGGCAGGGAAAAUUCCUUACUAA